UGGUGAAUCAACUGGUGCUGGAGUCAUAGUAUGACUCCUCUGCUGCACUAGAAGUUUGAAGGACAUCUAAUGAGAGUUCAAAUGGUGCUUGGUUGAGAACAUCAUGUUUACUGCUCUUGUUUCGGGAAGACAAACUCCAGUCUUGGAUAAACGAACUAUCCACUUCUGUUUUCCUUUUGGAUUGUUUGCUUUAGUUUCAUGUCAAACUUGAGAGACGUAUCAUAUUUGUAUUAUUUUAGCUUUCCCUUUUUAUGUUUGUCCGGAUUCAACAUGGAUUGUACAUCGCAACGCGAAAUUAAACACGUCCUAUACAUUUGUAUACCUAUUUUAUUGUUUAACGAUGCGUAAUUUCAUCAUAUUGACAGUACCACAGAACCCAACAUGGGAAGCAACAGAGCAUGCUGGGCAAAAUGUACAGCUUGAGAACAUGCACCAGACUAUUAAUGGCAAUUCACCUCAUAUUUACACAAAUGGUGCAUCCCCAGUCCAAUCAUAUGUGCAAGCUGCUAUCGAUGUUUCUGCUCAUGCAAGAAGAUUUGAUGUAUCACCAAGCAUGCUAUUGUCUCAAAGCUCAAACCUCGGAAUGAUGCAAGGACCAAAUGAUGGGAUGAUCAAAUCAGUUGGUUAUUCAGGCGACUCGUGCUUCCUAUAUGGUAGUGACAGCAAUGUCCUGGAGGCUCGUCCUGGAAUUGGGGAUCCAUCUGUUCCACCUUUCAGCAAUGUAGGGUCAAAUUCACAAGCUCUGAAUGGAAACGGCUUGGGUGCUGAUACUUCUUCCUUUGGUUUCUUGGGACAGAUUCCUCGAAACUUCAGUUUGUCGGACUUAACAGCUGAUUUUACUAACAGUUCUGAUAUUCUAGAGGGCUACUCUGGAUCAGCGUUCCUUGCAACAGAUACUAGCAAUUUUUUGGACCCUCAGGGUAGGGCAGAACAUCAAGACAUUAACGGGUUGGAUAAUAUAUCAGAAGGCUUGAGUUAUGAAGAUUUUUCUAGUGAUUGAAGGACCAUUCAGAUUACCAUCUUUCAGGUUUAGGGUCCAAUUGCUUGUAGAUAAAGUUUUGAAGUGCUUCGACGUCUUUUGGAGUAUUGAUUCCUGUGGCUCUUGGACAAGUAAGAAAUGAUAUAAGCAAAUAUAUUCUUGAAACGAAAAGGAGAGAAAUCACCCGAAACAGGGCUACUGUUCACGUCCAGUUUUGGGAAGUUCCAGAUAGCAAAAUCUGAUCUUCACCGUUCAAAUCAAAGAACAGGAUAUUGAGAAUCUCCGGUCCAAAUUUGAGUACGAUCAAACGGUUAACGAAUCAAGAAUCGCUACAAGAAGAGGACAGCCUGGAGCAAAAUUUUAUGGAGCAAAGAACAAUGUCUUCUUCUCCCUCAAGUCACCAAAAAUAGCCACCUCUCAAUUUGAGAACACAAGAACUAAGUUGGUCAUAUAUAUAUAUAGUGGCUUUACGGCAAAGUGGGUUAAGUCCAAAAGAUAUUUUGUUUAGGGAUUUCCUAAUUUUAUAUAUUAUCCGCCCUAAACAAGAAUUACUUACAAAUUAUAUAUAUACAUUCCAUUA